UCGCGCGCCAUUGUUUGACAGCUUCUCUUGUAUUCGCUUUGUUCAUUGUUAAAAUAAAUGUUCAUUCGACUGCAAAAGUGUGUUGUUACAGUUCUACGCCACGUAAUAACCACAAGACAAAUCAACUUCCUGUGGGACCUGGGCGAGGAAGUAGCGGAGCAGAGGGAAGUGGCGGAUGGCGACGAUAGCGACGCAGACGUCGACGGCGGCCCGCUGGAGCGCGCCUGCUCUUGCGAAGGAGCCGCCUGCACGUGCUGCGUGGACUUCAAUUUCACCUACGUCGAUCUCGGUGGUCCAGGAUGUGUGGAGAUGACAUACCUGUCUCCUGCUGAAGGAAUUAAUGUCAAUAUUUCUUAUGGAGACAAUGUCCUUCUGAGUGAAGCAAUCAAGGGUGCAAAACCAGAUCCAGUGUGUCUAAAUAUGCUGGGUGGCCUCACACAACUGUGCGCACGAUUUAGUGAUCUUGCACCUACCUCUGAUGGGUUGAGAUGGUGCUUGCAGUUGGAACCUGCUCUACUUGGUGAUGUACAAGCUCAGUUCCCACUUGGCUGCUUUCGAAUGGGAUCAGAUGGAAUGGUUCCGGAUCCACCAGUGAAUGCCACACUGCCACCAGCCAAUACCGUUGAGACAACUGAUGAAGACAUCAAUGAAGAAGCUUUAAUUGCAGCAGUAAAUGAAUCAGCUGAAGAAAGUAUUUCAUUCCUGAGUAAUCUUUUAGGAAUUACAUUGUCAGGAUCAAACAAAACUCAAGAACAAAACACAACUGAAGUAGCAACAGAAUCUUCAGAGAAUCCAGAAAGCAAAAGAAGGUCAUUGCAGCAACAUAAAAAACAUUCAUAAAAAGUGCAAAUGAGAAGUUGUGAAAUCAUUUCUCACAGCUUCACUGAUUGUCAAGACUGCAAGAAAAUGACUCUCUUGUUACUUCAUAGUCAUUAAUUUAUUUAUUACAUUUCAGAAUG